GAAAAAAAAUAUGACCGUUUGAAAGUAAUUAAAUUUCAGACAAGAAUAAACUCCCUUCCUCUACUCUACUUCAAUCUCUGUUUCUUCUUCCCUCAGUAAAAAAAUCGAGAGAGAGAGAGAGAGAUGGGUUGUGUUUCUUCGAAGCUAGUCAAGAAGAAACUGGUAAGAGAGAUUCGAGUCAACAACGGCGGCGAUCACAUUGUCUCUCUUACUUCCACUACUUACGGUCAUCUCGAUCUCGACCAACAACGACCAGAGACUUCUCAGGAACUCACUAAAGGCGAAGCCUUUGAACCAAGACGAUCAACUGCACGGGAAGAUGAUCCAGAGAUAAUCAACACAUGGGAGCUUAUGGAAGAUCUCGAAGAUUCGACGAGGAUUAUUAGUCCCAAGUCUCGUGGCAUUUUAUCGUGGAAGACUCCGGCGAAACCGAGCCUGGAGUCUCCGAAGAGGAACGGUAGUAGUAAGAGAUUCAGGGGGAAAGAAAACAGAGGAUUGAGUCCGAACCAGAUUCCGAAGCGAGGCGUGAUGCGUUUGAGUUUCCCUCUCAAAACAGAGGAAGGUUCGGCCGCGGUUACGCAGAGGAGGAAGAGUUUCAGUCCAGCGUUCGAUCCGGAUCUCGUGGCUUCCUACGAGAGAGAGCUGUCUCAGGAGAAAGAGCAGAUAAAGAUGGUGAUCUCUUCUUCGGGAAAAACAGAGAGAAACAGAGAGUCAGAGAGGAUCCUCGAGGGUUUCCCGGAGAAAUGUCCACCGGGAGGAGAAGACUCGGUGGUGGUCUACAUCACGACGCUGAGAGGGAUAAGGAAGACGUUCGAGGACUGCAACGCGGUGAGAUCGGUGCUGGACUCACACGAAGUUAGAUUCUCGGAGAGGGACGUGUCGAUGCACUCUGUUUUCAAGGAGGAGAUCAGGGGCAUUUUGGGAACGAAGCAGGUGAAAAUACCGGCGGUUUUCGUGAAGGGGAGGAUGGUGGAUGUGAUGAAGUUGGAGGAGGAGGGUAAACUGGGAAUUUUGCUCGAGUGUAUGCCUAAACAGAGGCUUGGAGGUGGUUGCUGCUGUGGGUGCGGUGGGAUGAGGUUUGUGAUGUGUGAUGUUUGUAACGGAAGCUGCAAGGUUAUGGAUGGGGAGAAGAAGAAUAAUGCUGUUGUUAAGUGUUUGGUGUGUAAUGAGAAUGGUUUGGUUCUGUGUCCAAUUUGCUCUUAGAAGAGAUUUUUAUUUUUCAGUUUUCCAUAACUUUUAUGGUGGGAUUGGGUGAAGUUGGAAGAGGAUUGAAUUAGUUUUGGUUUGUAAUGAUUUGAUUACAGAGUUUUCAAAGUUGGGUUUAGGGUUCUUUGUGUGUGAAACAAGCAAUGAAAUCUGUUUUAAAUGUUUGUAAUAUAAAUUCAAUUCAUUUUUGUUUAAA